GAAACUGAACUAAAGAUGGAACCAGGAGCUGAAGACAUACACAACACAGAUAACUUGUCCCCCUGGUCUGAUUCAGAGGGUUCCCACGAAUUUUGUGUCUCUGAGUCCUUGGCAGAGUCCUACAGUGAUGACGAUGUCAGUGAGGAAGAGUCUCCCUUUGAACCACAGACUGCUCUUACGGCCAAGUCUGACCCCGAGUCUUCAAAGCACAUUCAGGAGGUGGGAGUUUGGGAAUCUACUGGUGAGCAACUGCCUGGAAGUGAAGAGGAAGUUUCAUACCAAGAAGAAGAAGACAUCUAUCAUACUGAAUCAAGAGAGUCCAGUACAGAGUCUCCUCAUGACCAAACCUCCCAAACCUCAGUGUCCCCUCAUGCAGAGUCCGAGCCUCCUGCUGGCCAGAUAUCUCGGCCGCAUUCCUCUUCCUCCUCUCUUGGCUGUGCCGCUCAUAUGACCCUGGCCUUGACCCUGACCACUGAACAGCCCCAGGGAGCCAGUAAUAGGCACGGCCCAGGGACUGGGAACAGGAGGGUUGAAUCUUCAGAGGAAGGAGGGAGUAGCGAAGCACCUCCUGCCUCUGUCUUCUUUGGAAUUUCAGACGAGGGUGCUGAGCAGGCAGAGAAGUGGAACUCAGAGACUGACACAGAUCUGUGCAGACCGGACAGGCACAGGACAAGGUCCACACGGCUCAGUCACAUCGAGAGCCCAUCACAAAGGCACGUCAAGGAGACCAAGUCUAAAUGUAAGCGAAUUGCUCGGCUUCUGACUGAUGCGCCCAACCCUCAGAAUAAGGGAGCCUUGCUGUUUAAAAAACGCCGCCAGAGGGUCAAGAAGUAUACCCUGGUGAGUUACGGGACUGGUGACAACGAGCUUGACAGCGAAGGCCAAAUAGGGGAGGAAGCUGAAGAAGUCAGAUCAGCUGGAUACAACCUUGUGGCUACAAGUGAUUCUGAGUUAGAGGAGCAGUAUUCUCUUCAUCAGCAGCAGCAGCACAAUCUAAGUGUGAAUCGGGGAAGUGUUGGAGAAAUGGAUGCCCUACCAGAGACAAGCGGGAAGGGAGUUAUGAUGUUUGCACAGCGGCGCAAACGAAUGGACGAGAUUCAGUUAGAGCACGAAGAAAUGAGGAGUAAAGCAUUAACUGUAGAGGCGCUGCCCGAACCCGAAUGUACAGAAGCACAGAAUAUGUAUGACACGGAGGAAAUGUACAUGAGUGAUGAUCAGGCCAAUUACAUGGAUUCAAAUCUGAGGCAGCACGUAGACUACCAAGACAAUAUUCCACACAUGAACAACUUUGGAAGCAAAGCUCUGGUGCCAAACAGAACUGCAAAACCUUUCCCUGGAUUUCAACAUGGUAAAAGUGCUCCUAUCAAGCCUGUUAGCAUUGCUCCAGUCAUGAAGAAGCAUGAACCAAGAUUCAAAGUCCCCGUGCCUAUUAACACUAACCCACAGGUUUGGUCUCCAACUGGGGACAUCAUUGCCUCAAGAGAUGAGAGAAUAUCUGUGCCAGCCAUCAAGACCGGCAACAUGCCAGAGUCAAAACGGAAACCUGCUAGCAAGCAGUCCCCAAUGCAGCAACGAUCAGAUCUUCAGGUUCAAAACAAAGGGGACAGGAGGUCUUACAUCGAGCCGGAGGAGGACUUUUUUAGUCUAGGCGCUGAAGCUUGUAACUUCAUGCAACCCAGAACGGUAAAACUCAAGCACCCGCCUCCAGUCGCCCCAAAACCUGUCAUCAACCCAAGCUGUCCGCCUUGGAUGAGGAGGAGUCCAUCCAGUGAGCCCUGUAUUCCUCCAAGAAGUCCACAACCUCCUCGCAGUCCAGUGCCUCAUAGUCAGCAUUAUUUACAGCAGCAAGACUGGGCUCAUCCUCAACAGAUGGCCAACCGUUGGGCAGCAGAUCAAACCCAGGCAACACUUCAAACACCUGCCACUGCUUGGGCUCCGGUCAACUCCUCUUCUCAGCUUCAUCCUCAGCCAACCACAAAUAGCUGGAGUCAACAGCCGCCACGAUCCCCUGUGAGUAUGCAGGCCUGCAGUCCUACUUACAGUCCACAUUACCCACCUCAACCCUCACGGAAUAUGUCAGACACUACUCCCAACUCUGUUGCCUCUUACCCACCACAAGCAGGAAAGCCAUACGUCCACGCACCAAAAGCACCCCAGGGUUCAUCAAGGGUUUGGGUCUCAAACAGAGGUGUUAAUCGAUCUGGUGAUGGUCCUAUGUCUGGGAGAGGUGCAGAAUUGUUUGCCAAAAGACAGUCCCGUAUGGAGAAGUUUAUUGUCGACGACGAAACAGUGCAAGCUAACAAAACCAGAUCUCCCUCCCCAACCUCUUCCCUCCCGAACUCCUGGAGGUAUUCCACAAAUGUUCGAGCGCCACCUCCGGUAUCAUACAACCCCCUCCUUUCCCCUUCCUACCCUCAGUCAGCAGCGAAGCAGCCCCCUGCAACUAGCCCCAAAAUCAAGCCUAAGACCAAAGAGAAAGCUAAAUCAGCCCCCAAGCAGCUCAAUGCUUUAGAUAUUAUGAAACACCAGCCUUAUCAGUUGGACUCAUCACUAUUCAAGUAUGAUGCAGUCCCUGAGGCAAAAAGUCACAGCCCCAAAGCGGCCCCGGUGUCAAAGUUUGAGGCUACCAAAAAACUUAAGCAGAGAUCUCUUUCCUCUCAUCCUUCUUAUAAUACCUCUGAGCUUGCUGCUCAAAGCAAGGCAGAAGCCCCUGCUAAGUCCCGCGGAUCGGGACUUGGCAGGAGCCGCUCCCUGAGCCUCCCCAGGCGACUCAAUUCAGUGCCUUCUCCUGGAUUCCUGUCGCCCGUGAGCACGCCGGGAAGUCAGCCAGCGUUUUUACCUAUGCAGAGGCAAGCGUCCUUUCAGGAAAGACCCUGCAAGCCCCUGUCACCGUGGGAGGUUGCGUCAAGAAGCCCCAUCGCUUUAGUGGAUGACGCCUAUGCGUUUCAGGGCCUCCCGUCAUCUGCUGCUUCUAAUGUCAGAUCUGCAGCGCAGCGCAGGUCUCUGCCAGAGCCUCCAGACGAAUGGAGGCGCAGGGUGUCUCCUGAUCCCGCAGCUGUCAGUAAGGGUCAGUUUUAUCAUGCGGCCCCAGCUUUUCAGGCUCCGUCCAUGAGCAGGACAGUUGCACCUGAGAAACCAGCCUUCUAUGGGCCUCCCUUCAGACGUGCCCAGCCUCUCGGCCCUGCCAGUGGGGCCAACUUCGGAUACGUGACACAGGGCUCCAGUCCAACAAAGUACUCCCCUUUGUAUGGUUCAAUCCAGAGAAGUUAAUUCCUCUGGCGAAGGAGCAGACAUACAUCAGUUUGAUAUAAAUAUACAGUCAUAUUAGCAUUGAGCGUGUAUGUUUUAGUGGUAUACAGUAGUAUACAUGAAAGACAAAGCAACUAGAUUUGGCUUAGAGAGAAGGAAUUUACCCCACGGUGAGGAAACGUUAAAUUGCCGUGUUGGUUGAAAUGUAUUGAGCAGGUCUGCGACUUGAGCACGUUUUAAAUGUAUUAUAUCAAUGGUAUGAGUGGUCACUUGGUUUGAAGAACACAACGAGUCACUGUGACUGAUGUUUGAGAUGUUUUCCCGACUUUGAUGGGAGUUUUAUUUUUUCAUGGCUGAAGAAAGUAAGUAAAACCGUCCCAGUGAGGCUUUAAGAAAAACUGUAAUCAGCAAGUGAAGCGCAAGUCGAUGUGAACGUUUAGUAGAUGAACGAAAUAAAAUGAACUGAGGAGUGGGUUUGCUCAUUGAAAUUUGCUGUGAAAUUCAAUUCAUUGUUGUUUAUGAAAGAAGAAAAAUAAGUCACUUUGUGUCAAGCACGUAUCUUUAGCUAUGAAGUCCCCAUGAAAUGACGGUGUGUUCGAUGAUACGUGUUGAAGAGCUGAAGGGGGCAAAGCUGCUGGUGAAGGACAGGCAUGGGGGUGGAGGGAGGGGCAUCAAAAUUCAAGACAGAAUUCUAUUGGAUGUUACAUUUGCACACGCCCCCUGGUUCAGGAUGAGUCGUCAUUUACUUAUUGUUUUCCAGGACGUGACACACUCUCUUUUGGGGCUGAUACAGAGAUAUGGGCAAGAUGCAUAUGACGACAUUUGAACGUCUGAGUCUGAUUUCAUUGGGGACUUUAAAAUGUAUCGUGACUUUUUAUAAUCACAGAUAAUAUCACAUUUCACACAGCGAUUAUCAUAAACAGACUGUGUUAAUUUUUCUUUGUGGAGCUAACGUCAAGUGAACAUUUCAACAAUGGUUUUCUGUUAUCUGAUCACCACUUUCAUUUACCACUUUUCAGAGAACAGGCAAACUUACAGAGGGUGUUGUAUCAUAACAAUCACAUUUGUCUGGUGGAUGAACUGCAUAUUAGAUUUCUAAAUCAUACAAAUAUAUAUAUAUAUAUUUCUUUUGUCGUUCUGCAUAUAUUUUUUUUUUAAAUGAAGAAUUGAGGUUGCAUGCAUACAUUCAGGAGGUCUCCGACCUUUAAUCAAACACUGUGUGCUGUUAAACGCCCAUAUUAUGUUUUCGAAUGUCUGUCUAUCACUAUUUCUAAACAAACACAAUUUAAAUCUGGGUUUUAACCUGUAGAUUUUUAUCUCUAAAGACUUUUUUUUUUUUUUUUUUUUGCACGUCACAAUGAAAAAAUAAAUAAAAGAGUUAAAAAUGCAACCCAGUGAUGUCUUUGUAUCUUUUAACUCUUUAUAAGGCACUCAGUGAAAUACUUGGAAAUCCUGAAUCUCCAAGUUUUGACCUGAGAAUGAUUCCUUGAUGAAUGAUGAACCCUGAUUCUAAACUUCACAGAGAGUCACAAUUUGAAAUGUGCGCUGAAUAUAUGGUUCCUUGCAUUGAAAGUGUCAUGUUCAGUGACAAUAUUGUACUUUUUUUAAAUUAACUCUGUAUUUGUUACAUUUCAUCAUUGAAUUAAGUACAUUCAGAAUGUAGGUGUCGGUAAAAACUGAUUUAAAAUUUAACAG